GAAGAAACUAAAGGAUAAUGAAACAUGUAUGUUGAAAAAGUUUCAUAAAAAUAUUUGCAAUCUGUCCUUAAAUAUGGGCCACGAUGGGGCCAAUAUGGAUAUGAGGAGACCAAAAUGGAUGCCUCCACAGCAUCUGUUAGCCAUUGUAGAGCAGAAAGCUACAUGUUGUGCUUCCCCAUGGUAACAGACUAUAAAGCUGAACAGUCUAGAAGAGAAAGUCACCCAAAGAUGUUGCACAUGGCUGACAAAUGGUAGCCAAAAGAAUUAUCUUCUUAUUUUACAUACGAAAUUAUUGUUUUGUUAGUUUUACCCAUGAGUCGUAUUGACAAUGCAGGGGAAUAAGAAACAGACAGAUGGACAAAGUGACUCAUCUAGCAUUGGGAGUCUCCUGGAUGACACGGACAGAGAAGUGUGCAGCCUCACGGACCGAGCCUUCAAAAGCCUAUGCGUGGCUGAGCUUGAAACAUCUUACACAGAAUCAGAUCCUGUUGGAUCAGUCAACAACCCCCGUCAUUUCUCUAGUAAAUUCUUCCAUGGUCCACGAAAUUAUGUCGUCAGGGAAAAUGCUGACUCAAACAAGCAACGGUCAAAAACUGAGGAGCAUUCAACAUUCCAGCAGUUUCCAAAGGACUCUCGAGACAAUGAAAAGGCUUCAACAGACAACACCCCAAACAUAAGGAGGAAGCUGGGUUUGCCCAUGUCUGCUUUGCGCAGUAAUAAACAUACCUCAAAAGUAUCAUCUUUGAUAAAGACAUUUGAUAAAACUGAAAAGCAACCCUCCUUAGAAGUAGCCAAACAGUCAGCUAAAAACAGCUUGACAGAACAUCCAUUAGUUUUUGGAGGGAAUAUGGCUUUGUGGGGUGGCGAAGCCAUUUUAAACAUUCAAAAGGAACUCUCUGGAUUCACUGACACACGCCAAGACAUGGCAGAUGCAAGUAGUAGACAUGGGAUACAUAAAAGACAUAACAAAAUGGAUCUGGUCUGUCAAGGUCCGUAUAGUUUUUAUUUUUCACAAGCAGAUAAUCCCAAGUCCCAUAUCUCCCCUCUCUCUAGAAAGACAGUGAAGAACAGAACUGGGAAAGCAAAAGAACCAACUAGAAGGGGCAGCUUUCUCCACAGUGAAAACAGUGCUUUUGAAUCGUGGAAUGCCCAUCACAAGAAGCUGGCUGAAGUGGGUGACACGGAUGAAAUCCUAUCCAAAGGUAAACAUCUUACAUACUUUGAAGAAGCACCUUUUUUCCUGCAAUCCAGUGUUCCUGAAUGUAAACUAUUUCCCCAAAACUUUGCACCUCCUAAAAUUCUCAAGCAAGAUAUUUCGAAUAAUGUUUCAGAGACAUCUGAAGCCUCUCUCUCUCCAGCAGCUCUACCCCAACUCCUUGCUUCUGAAGUCAAAAGCGAUUCACAGAUCAUGUUGCGCCACACUUCUGAUCUGCCAGCGCAAGUGUACGAGAUUCCUACAUCACCACCCCUCACAUCCGAUGUCCCUUUCCCACCAGCACUGAAUCCCCAUGCUGUCACUUCACCAGUACCUAUCUCUAAGGCUCCCAUUUCAACACCUCCACCUCAGACCUGUGUUCCAUUGGUAGCAACAUCCUAUGGCCCCAAGACCCAAACAUUGGUGCCAGACGUUACUUAUUUGCCACAGAAAGCUAACAGUUCAGAAUUUAAUCCUGGCCUGGAAAAUGUUUGCCCACCCUGGAGGAAACAAAAGACUACUCUAAUGGGAAUGGGAUUAGCACAGGAUAUGGCAACUGAGGGGCUAAAAACAAGGGAUGCAUCAAAUAGAAAGCCAUCUGAUCCCACAUCUUUGGUCGAGACAACUACGGUAGAUUCACAGGUGGCCUUGUCAGAUCCCUCAAGUUCUCAUUUCAACAUCUCGAAACUUUUAACUCCUGUCAUACCUCCCAAGCAAGAGAAAGAGCCACCAGAAGAUCCAUUACUGCUGAUAAAUCCUUCCCAGUCUGAGGCUGGAGCAGCCAGAGAAUCCGAGGAGAAAGCAGCUUACUCUUCUCAGAACAAUUAUAAAUCUAAAGCACCAAGUUUACUGUUCAAUCUGAAGGAUAUCCGAAAACGUGUGAAAAGCACUUACAGUCCUUCUCCUCUCCUAAGAGCUCUUGAAGGUAAAAAGAAGAUUAAAGAACUUGACAACAUGAAAGCAAAUGCUAGAGCAGUCAAUAUGCUAGAGGAAGAUAGUGAAAAAUUGUUAGACAAUGAUGAAAGAAGUCAUCAGCCUUCUGAACAAAUGGAUAACAUCCAGGAAAAGGACAGUGCCACCAAUAUAAAUGGCAAUUAUCUGACUUGGAGUGCACCCAAAUCAAAAGAAGAUGCUCAGCAUUACCAAAACAGACAUAGUUUAUGGCAAGGUAAUUCAGUGGAUGUAGGUAACAGUGAGAUGGUCUCUGUCACCGAACUCCAUCCAGAUGAAAACAAUGGAAGUCUUUCAUCUAACUAUCAUUCUGCAGAUGUGACAAUGGAUCAGGAAGUGUAUGCACACAGUCUUCAUUUGCAAGGUCCUAAAAAUGAAAAAACUGAUCUUAAUCAGAAUUCUCACAUAGAAUCUCAAGUAUCCCCCAGUCUAUUUUUCACAGCUGAAGAAAACAUAAUUAAUAAUGAAAAUCAGGCUUGCUCACUGACAGGGAAUGAACACAAAAGAAGCACCAGCUCCUCUGAGCAUUCUUUUGUUUCUAUAAUAGACCAGCCAUAUCAAAAUGAGGCAUCCUAUUCCCUUAUGCAGCUCUUUCAGAAAGCAUGUCUUCAGGAAAGCCAGAGGAAGGAGAAUGACAUGAGCAGGGAGGAAAAGCUGAGUGGUGAAGAAGCAGAGAAGACAGAGAGGAAGCAAGAAUUAGAUAGUUACCUUCUGAAUGAUUAUGGCUCUAACACAGAGGAGAUGUAUGAAAAGAAAGAAGAGCAGAGUGAACAUGGCAAUGAAGUACAAAGAACAGUAGGGGAGAAUAAUAAGGAAGAUGGGUGGAAAAGCACAGAUUCUGUAAUAGAAGACAGAUCAGAAGAGCCAUUGACACCAACUUCCUCAAAUUCGUUCAAACCCAAUUUGUUUGUGAUUAAAGAUAAUACAUUCAAAUCAUCACCUGUGAUUAAAGCAGUCAAAUUGCCUUUACUCAGAUCAGUAUCCUGUGAAGACUUCACUGCUGUUAGUCAUAAUGGGACUGAGAAGCAGGUGUUUGGGUCAAUUCGAGCCACCCCAAAUAUUCAGGAGAUGGAUUUCUCUACAUCAAGAAUAAACAACCAGCAGGAUACAAGCAGGGUAGCAACGGAGAGUGAAGUUGUUGAAUCAAGCUCCUUCCCAGUGAAUGUGGGCAGUCAGGUGGUGAAAAAGGGGAACCAAACAGCAGAAUACACUCUCACAGAAAAGCAAGGGAGCUUCUAUGUACAGGAACUGGUAGGAGAUGAUGGAAGAGCCAGCAUUACAUCAGUGUUGUCUCAGAAAGAAUUGGAAGGCGGCGAGAAAUUGACAAAAGCAAAAGAAGAGGCCAGAGCUGGAAAACCAAAGAAGAAUUCUGUCAAUCAGCCAGAUUGUGGUUUGGAAAAUGACCUAGGACAAAAAAAGCGACCUUCCCCCACAAGAGAAAAGACAAGUUAUUUUAAAAAUGAUGCCUUUUCUAAACGCAGAGAUGGAUCUUGUGUAAAGAAAAUCAUUAGUCAAGAGAUGGGAUCGGGAUUGUCAUCAGAAAACCAGACAUCUUCUCCUACUUCUAGUGAUGCUUUUGGGCACAUGUCAGCUGCAUCAGGCAAUCUAGCAAGUUCUGCUCUACCAAGUCCCAGGCCAGACAGCAUGGGGCCUUCGACCUUCACAAGUCCAUCGCCAGAUGCAACGGCAACCUCCAAUGUAUCGCAGGCUGAGAAAAUAGCAAAUUCUUCUUUGCCACAAAGAGCAACAGAGAGUGGGCCUGAGCCUACUGCUAUGGAAACAGCUAAUCCAGUAGAAGCAAGUCAACACGCUGGAGACGCUAGUAAUUCUCCUGUGUCAAGUGGAAGGCAGCAGCUUAUGGGUCGGAUGGUUAAAACAGCAGCCAAACCUCCUGCUGUACCACCAAAAACAGAAAAGGCAUUACGGAGAGCAAAGAAACUGGCAAGUAAGAGGAAAAAAAUAGAGGCACAGCAGAAAAAGCCUCAGGAUGAGUCUACACCACACUGCACAGAUAUGGGGCACUCACAGCUGGUCCAGUCUCCACGCUCCUCUCCUGUAUGUCCCAAUUCCCCCUUGAUACCUUCAGAAUCUAACUUAAGGCUAAAACCCAGGCCAUUGUUAAGUCCGACACCAUCUUUACCUGAAACCCAGCGUAAGCUUCUUCAAGAUCCAGACUCAGGAGAGUAUUUUAUUAUAGAUUUGCCCAUUCAGUUAAAAACCUUUUAUGAUCCAGAAACGGGCAGAUAUGUCCAAGUGUCAAUUCCUCCUUCACAAAGGAACGUGUCUCGCAUACCCUCUUCACGGGUUUCCCCUUCUGCUUUUGCCCUUUGCCCCAAUACUCUUCCUCUCCGAGUAUCGUCUGUUCCAGUCCUGGCUUCACCAUCUCAGUUUUCUGAAUCUGCUUCGUUUAUGCAAGGAACACUCUCAACAUCAGACUGGCAGCCAGAAGACCAGUAUCCAGAAUCUCAAAGUGGUCAACCCUGCAUUGAGUCUGCUGUGUCCGAUGGUUACACUCAAGAUGCUGAUAGGAUAGAACGUAGCUUUGGAAAAGAUGGGAGCCCCUCCGCUAAUGCUGACAUCAUUUCAACUGGGGCAAUUGAAGAUUUUGCUGUUGAAGGCAUUUUGUGAGGAUAAUAAGGGAUUUGCCAUUGUUUCAGAACCACAGACCUAUGCAUUGAAAAGUGUGCAUACCCUCUUGAAUAACUUUAAAUAUUUGGAUCCAAAUGUAUUUCAUAUUAGAAAGAAAACUGAGGUGCUGUCUCCGAUGGCAUUUAAUGGUGGAAUUAGCACCAAAUGAAUAUAAAGGAAAAGGAUGGAAAAUAUAAAGCCUUUAGUGAGCUUCUCUUUCCCCCUGAUUGAAUAACUUUGUGAUACCUGACAGAGGACAAUGUGGGGUACAUUCUCCCAUGGAGAAAACGGAAGGUAGGAGUUUCAUCUUGGCACAGAAUUCAUAGAAAAAAAUAUAUAAAUGGAGACAAGAAUCAAAGGCAUGAAUGACAUGUCACUUUUUCCUGUCAUCUAAAACCCAAAAUCAUUAAUAGCCAUAUUGUAGACUGGAAGUACAAUACAGAGGUACUUUGGUGUGGAUGUGGAAGAAGUGAUUUGUGAGAGGUCCUCCAAUGUGCUGCUGAAGAGUUGGGCAGUGAUAGGUUUCCUCAAAGACCAGUCAUGCCACUUGCCAGGCUAGUGCUCAAAAAUAUCACUCUGGAUUAAAAUGGCAAGUUUGGAAAUGGAGCAAAUGGCUGAAUGAGGUUUACUUGCUAUACUUUCACUGAAGCAUGUCUCCUUUUUCUAUUUUUUAUUGUCUUCAUUGUGAGGGAGGGAACUAGAUAUUACCCAUUUCUUUUGAUCAGGUAGUUUUGUGCUGAUAAAACACAAGUAACAAAGCAGCUUGCUGUUGUCUAGAAAGUGUAACAGAGAAAGUACACCAGAACUCUAGAGGCCAAAAACCUAAAACUAUUUUAACAUAUGUAUGUCUUCUAAUCGUGAUGGUCUCCAAAUCCCAGGAAUCAGAAUUUCAGCUAGAUAAAUUGGAUGGCUAGAUCAAUAGGAUGUGUCUCACUCUGAUUAUGACACAAGCAGCAGUUUUCAAUUGAGGGCCAUGGAAUUCAGCCCCUUGGAAAUGUCCCCCAUGCAAGGCCCUCACCCGAAGUGACUGGUAGCGUUCAGAUCUAACCACAACAUGAAACCUCUUCGGGGAUAUUAAUUUUUUUUUUGGAAGAGAGCUAUAAAAGUACAUUAUUGUGAUGACCUAGUUACCUCCUUGGCUCCUGUACUUCCAUGUACGGGGAAUCCUGUAGAGAAUAGACUGCCUGGUAAAGGAUAGAAAUAUUAGAAAUAAAUAAUCCAUUUAUAGUAGAAAGAUAUUAACAUAUUAUCAUUAUACCAGUUAAAAUAUGACUGGAGUGUGUCUUAACAUUUGCCAGCCCCAGUUUUCAUCUUUAAAUAAAGCAAAUUAAUGUCCCUUGUGGUCAUGGAGACCCAUCUGAAAAAAAUGAAACCAGUUGUAAAGAGUGCUGGAGUUUCUAUGUCCUCUAAAGCUACUCUCUUUCUCUCAAGGAUCCUUGUAUUCUUCUGUUUACACAUUCCUAAUAUCUACCAAUAAGGAACACUGUUUCUUCUGGAAAAGACUGGAAAUUAGGUUUGCAAUAAAACAUGUAAAUGCUGGUAAAUACAUACAACAAGCACAUCAUUCAGGUGAGGUGGAGGGACUAUGUAUUAAGGACCCUCCUGCUAUAUUCCCAUUUAUUAUACAGGUACUUCAGUGUUGUUUUUUCACUUUCGUUUUCCCUGACUCUUGUGGCUCCAAAGUAAGGAACUGAUUUCUAGGGCUUAGGACAAAUAUUCUGUAUUGUUGUACUGUAAUUGGGGAGCGGGGGUUCUAUUUUCAACAUAUGAGUGGAAUGCUUUGUAAACUCACUAUAGACAACUAACUAAUGCUGUAAAUCUCCAACCCACAAUUCAUCACAUACUUUUAUUGUGCAAGAAUAUCCAAAGCUCAGAAAUGUUACUUUUGUGGACUACAGCUUCCCAAUUCUCCCAAGCCUUGUAGUCCAAAAAUAUAAUUUGCCCAAGCUGUAAAUCACUUAAUUAUCCAAAUUCCAGCAGGACCUAGUCAAUGUACUCACUGGGUCCACAUUCCAAAACAAAGUCACCCAACUUUUCUGUCCCACAUCUCAGUAAUGUUUACAAGAUGGUUCAAGGGCGGUUUUUAAAAUUAAUUUAUUUUAAAAAAUCCCCAGAUUAUAGUAAAUCCAAGCGGCUACUAAGUACAGCUGUUUGUGCUGCUUACAUGAAAAUGAGGCUGGGAAUUCUCUUACAGUGGUAGAAUAUGAUAAUGUGCCGUACAUUUCAGGUCAUGCUACAGAAAAGUGGUGGCAUUGGGGGGGGGAAGGUUGCCCUUAGGGGAGUUUGUGGCACUUUCAGCCAAAAAAAGAGAAGCAUUUUCUAGCUCCUUGAAGCAGCUGUUGCAUUUUAAAAAGUUUGUUGCUGUUGUUUAAUUUCAAAAAGACAACGCUGUAAAUUUGCUAAGUCUCUCUCGCUAUUUUAAAAGAAUGCCAAAAACAGUUUUGCAGCUGAACACACGCAGAAUACACGCCCUUUCCUUUGCAGGACAAACGGCACAUGGAGAGGAUUUUCAGUGGGAAACUGAUUCAUUGAUGGUGGCUGAGACUAUUGCUUCUAUGAGCUUAAAACAAAAAUAGAGAGAUUCUGAUUAUUGACCACCCAUGUCACAUCUAGGUCUGCCUGUGGCAAUCUAAUUUCAAACACAACGGCAAUUACCUUAGAUAACACAUCUGAUCAAACACAAAACAGAUCAAUACAUCUUUAUCAUAGGACAUUCUAUCCAGUGUUGUGCUUCCUUUGACCAUUUAAUAAUGGUGUGCCAUCAAGACAAUUACAACUUAGGGCUCGUUCAGACAGGCACUUGUCCUGGUGUUUGGUGAGUUGCAGGGGCAGAUUGGUUCAAUCUUUUUUCCUGGUGACCAUAAAAUGCGGUCAUUGAAGCAGACUACUUUGUCCCCAGAGCAGCUCAACCCACUCUGUCAGGGGCUUCUACUUUUUUUGGUGUGGGUUACUGUACUCUAGUUUAGUGCAUUCCCAGCAUUCCCAGCUGGGAAUGGACUAAAAUUGAGCCUUGCAGUUGUCGAAGCUGCCAACUCCUUCUGGUGUCAAUUUCCAGGAU